AUGGGGCUAAGAGCGGCCAGCCUCCUCAUACUCUGGCUGGCUCUUUCCAGUGCCCAUGAAAUAAAAAAAGGACGGACAAGAAACCAUGGCCACUAUGUCUGCAGCACUUGGGGAAACAACCAUUUCAAAACCUUCGAUGGCGACAUCUACCAAUUCCCUGGCAUUUGCGAGUAUAAUUUUGUUUCUGACUGCCGAGAUUCUUACACGGAGUUCUCUGUCCACAUCCAGCGUGCCCUGAACAGCAAUAACCACCCUGAAAUCCAGUAUAUUCUGAUAAAAAUCAAGGAUAUCACGGUGCUCCUCAAACCAAAACUAGUUGUGGUGGAUGGGCGAAUUGUGAAGACGCCUUACUACAGCUCUGGUAUGCUCAUUGAGAGCAAUGACGUUUACACCAAGAUUUACGCCAAAUUAGGCUUGGUUCUGAUGUGGAAUCAGGAGGAUGCACUGAUGGUGGAGCUGGACAACACAUUCAAUAACCAUACCUGUGGCCUCUGUGGGGAUUACAAUGGAAUUCCAAUCUACAAUGAGUUUAUCAACGGAGAUGCAAGCUACAAUUCAAUUACCUAUGGAAAUCUGCAGAAGAUCAGCAAACCCAAUGCCAAAUGUGAAGAUCCAGAUGAAACUCAGGCUCUUCCAAGCUGUAACAAGCAUCGUGACGAGUGUGAGAGGCUCCUGACUUCCUCUGCGUUUGCUGAUUGCCGGUUCCGCCUUAAUUUGGAAACGUACAUCCAAGCCUGCAUGCAGGACAAGUGUGCCUGUAACGGAAACGAGGACUCCUUCUGCAUCUGCAGCACCAUCUCUGAGUACUCUCGCCAGUGUUCACACGCAGGAGGCCGGCCGGGUGAAUGGAGGACGCAGCAGUUUUGCCCCAAGACCUGUCCUGACACCAUGGUCUACAGAGAAAGCAGCUCACCCUGCAUGGAUACUUGUUCACACUUGGACAUCAGCAGCCUUUGUGAGGAACACUACAUGGAUGGUUGUUUCUGCCCUGAAGGAACUGUGUAUGAUGACAUCACUGGAAAAGGCUGCAUACCUGUUAGCCAGUGCCACUGCAAACUCAGUGGAAAGCAGUACGCACCUGGAGAAAGCAUUUCCAAUGAAUGUGAAGAAUGCACCUGUAAUUCAGGCAGAUGGACGUGCAAGGAUUUACCCUGCCCAGGCACAUGUUCAGUGGAGGGAGGUUCCCAUAUUACCACCUUUGAUGGGAAGAAAUACACCUUCCAUGGAGACUGUUAUUAUGUAUUGGCCAAGGGUACUGCAAAUGACAGCUAUGCUCUCCUGGCAGAGCUGGGUCCCUGUGGCUCCACAGAGAGGCAGACCUGCUUGAAGACUGUUGUGCUGUUAGUGGAUCACAAAAGAAAUGUGGUGGUUUUCAGAUCUGAUGGCAGUGUGCAACUGAAUGAGAUGCCAGUGAAUGUGCCUCAUGUGUCAGCCAGCUUCUCAGUGUUCCAGCCAUCUUCCAACUACCUUGUUGUACAAACACCUUUUGGGCUUCAGGUGCAGAUCCAGCUGCUUCGAGUCAUGCAACUGUUUGUGACUGUGGAUCAAUCAGCUAAAGGAAAAAUUCAAGGUCUUUGUGGAAACUUUAAUGGAAUGGAAGGUGAUGAUUUUAGAACAACCAGUGGGCUGGUAGAGGCCACAGGAUCUGCCUUUGCUAACACAUGGAAAGCUCAGUCCACCUGUACAGACAGGGUAGAAAAGCUGGAAGACCCCUGCAGUCUCAGCAUUGAAAGUGCAAAUUAUGCUGAGCAUUGGUGUUCUUUGCUGAAAAACCCAGAAGGUCCUUUUGCAAGAUGUCACUCCGUCAUUGAUCCUUCAGAAUACUAUAAGAAAUGUAAAUAUGACACAUGCCUCUGUGAAGAUAAUGAAGAAUGCUUGUGCGCUGCCCUGUCCUCUUAUUCAAGAGCCUGUGCUUUCAAAGGGAUCCUACUGGGAGGCUGGAGAGACAGUGUCUGCAGUAAUGAAGUGUCUGCCUGUCCAGGAAAUCAAGUCUUCCUUUACAACAUUACAAAGUGCCAGCAAACCUGUCGUUCUCUUGCUGAUGGUGAAAAGUAUUGCUUGCAAGACUUUGCUCCUGUGGAUGGCUGUGGCUGCCCACCUAAUACAUACUUGGAUAAACAGGAUAACUGUGUGCCCAUCUCUGAGUGCCCAUGUUAUUACAAGGGAUCAUACCUGGAACCUGGGGAAUAUUUUACAAAAGAUGGAGAACGCUGUGUUUGCCGAAAUGCAAAGGUCCAGUGUACCUCAGUGAAAAUAAGAAUGAAAAGUGUCGAAGAAUGUUCUUCUAACAAGACAUUCUUUGACUGCAAUGCAUCCUCAAAGUGGACUUCACAAACACCUGUACAACUUAGCUGUCAUACCCCUCGAACUGAUCACUUCCAGACAGAGUGUGUCUCAGGCUGCGUGUGUCCUGAAGGUCUGUUUGAUGAUGGCAAAGGAGGCUGCGUUGAGGAGAAGGACUGCCCAUGCAUUCAUAACAACCAGUGGUAUUCUUCUGGGCAGAAGAUAACAGUGGACUGCAACACCUGUACCUGCCAAAAAGGGGUUUGGAGCUGCACAGACAAUGUGUGCUAUGGGACCUGUAUGAUAUAUGGAAGUGGCCAUUAUAUCACUUUUGAUGGGAAAUUCUAUGACUUUGAUGGAAAUUGUGAAUAUGUGGCUAUUCAGGAUUUUUGUGGUGACAAAAAUUCCAGCGGCUCAUUCAGCAUCAUCACAGAGAAUGUCCCUUGUGGAACUACAGGAGUCACCUGCUCAAAAGCUAUUAAAAUGUUUCUAGGGAAAACUGAACUGAAAUUGGAGAACAAAGAGUACAAAGAAAUUCAGCGAGAUGUUGGUGAUGAUGUGGUUUAUUGGAACAGGACAGUAGGCCUCUACCUCGUUAUUGAGGCUAGCAAUGGUGUGAUGCUUAUCUGGGAUAAGAAGACUACUGUUUUCAUCAAGCUGAGCCCCGAGUACAAAGGCAAAGUGUGUGGUCUGUGUGGCAACUUCGAUGACAAGACAAACAAUGACUUUACAACAAGGAGCGGACUGCAGGAGCCCAACGCUCUGAAGUUCGGGAAUUCAUGGAAACAGUCUCCCAUGUGCCCAGAUGUCACACAAGAGAUUAGGCCUUGUGAUAUGAAACCACAUCGGAAGUCCUGGGCAGAGAAAGAAUGCAGCAUCAUCCAGAGUGAAGUCUUCCAAAUUUGUCACUCCAAGGUGGACCCAGCUCCUUUCUAUGAAGCUUGUGUUCAUGAUGCCUGCUCUUGUGACAGCGGUGGAGAUUGUGAGUGCUUCUGUUCUGCAGUUGCUGCUUAUGCCCAAGAAUGUGCCAAGGCUGAGGCCUGUGUUUUCUGGAGAACUCCUGAUAUAUGCCCAAUAUUUUGUGACUACUACAACCCUCGCAAUGAGUGUGAGUGGCACUAUGAGCCUUGUGGCGGUAAUGUCAUGACCUGCAGGAUGAUUAAUAAUGUCAGCACCAACUUUUCAGUACCAUACCUGGAAGGCUGCUACCCCAGAUGCCCUAAGGACAAGCCUAUUUAUAAUGAAGAGACAAAGGAAUGUGUGCCUGAAGAUCAGUGCUGGUGUUACAUCGAUGGAAUUCAAGUUCCCCCUGGGCAUGAAAUACCCACAGAAGAAAACUGUACCAUAUGUGUCUGUGGCCCCUCAGGAUCCAUACAAUGUAAACCAGUUACAGGGUGUCCUUGUGUCAUCAAUGGAACGAGUUAUGAAGUGGGUCAGAUUGUGGCACAAGUACAGGAUGGUGACAUGUGUAUAACGUACAUUUGUGCAGAAAAUGGUUCAGUAGUUCCAAAUGAGAUCUACCCUUGUCCAACACCCUCUUCACCUACAAUCCUUUCAACCUCAUCUCCCACCAGUACUCUUACCACCACAGUUACCACUACAAGCCAUCCUGUGACUACAACUCCAUGCUUAGGAUUAAUCUGUGAUUGGACUGAGUGGUUUGAUGUUAGUAAUCCUGAAAAAGAUGGUGGUGACUAUGAAACAUACGAUGAAAUAAGAAAACAUGGACACAAAAUAUGUGAAGCUCCUGAAAAAAUUGAAUGCAGGGCAAAGGAUAAACCCGAUGUGAGCUUAGAGGAACUUGAUCAGAAAGUGCAGUGUAAUGUUACGUAUGGACUAAUCUGUAAAAAUGAGGAGCAAACUGUAACUAUGUGGCAACUUUGCUAUAAUUAUGAAAUCAGGGUAAACUGUUGUGAAUGGCAAGAAAUUCCCUGUGAGACUACACCUACACCUAGUACACCACAAACUGCAACUUCAACCACCACCAAGACAACAGUACCUCUCACCACUACAUCCAGGAUUCCAACAGAAAUUACCACCUCGCCCACACAUGUCGCUUCAACCACAAGUGAACCUACACCAUCAGUCCCCACUCCAGUAACUUCAACACCUCCAG